AUGGUUUUCGGAAGUCCAUUCAGUGACACCUACCCCAAGUUCAUCUGGAAAUCGCUUGCCAAGAGUAGGAAGGGCAAGGACAUUUUCAACCCCUUUUUCCAUGCCCUGAAUAAGACCAAAAUCUAUGACCAUAUACUGAAGCACAACAGUCGCUAUUGGAUGUUCGUCGUAACGGGCGGCUGUAUCACAUCUUACUUUUGGGGUGUGUGGUUUAACAAUUUUUGGAAGAAGAUAAACAAGGGGAAACUCUACAUCGACUGCCCCUAUACCUACCCGGAGGAAGACUGA